GGCCGCUUAAUAUGGCUGCCUCCGUGCCUGUUCCUUGUCGCCUCUCUGUGGCAGCAGUAAUCGCUUUUUUACUGGGUUGCUGCAGUUUAGUGAAUGUGGCUGGAAUCGAGGAGCAAGCAGAACAGUUUUUUAGAAGUGGACAUACCAACAACUGGGCUGUUUUGGUAUGUACUUCUCGAUUCUGGUUUAACUAUCGUCAUGUGGCCAAUACCCUUUCAGUUUACAGGAGUGUCAAGAGACUGGGUAUCCCUGAUAGCCAUAUAGUCUUGAUGCUCGCAGAUGAUAUGGCCUGCAACCCACGGAAUCCAAGACCAGCUACUGUGUUCAGUCACAAAAACAUGGAACUGAAUGUUUAUGGUGAUGAUGUGGAAGUGGAUUAUAGAAGCUAUGAGGUUACCGUCGAGAAUUUUUUGCGAGUAUUGACAGGAAGAAUCCCAGCAAGUGCACCUCGCUCAAAACGUCUCCUUUCUGAUGACAGAAGCAACAUUCUUAUAUAUAUGACAGGUCAUGGUGGGAAUGGUUUCUUGAAAUUUCAAGAUUCUGAAGAAAUUACUAAUGUUGAACUUGCAGAUGCUUUUGAACAAAUGUGGCAGAAAAGAAGAUACAACGAGUUGCUGUUUAUCAUUGAUACAUGCCAAGGUGCAUCCAUGUAUGAAAGGUUUUAUUCUCCUAAUAUAAUGGCUUUGGCUAGUAGCCAGGUGGGAGAAGACUCACUUUCACAUCAGCCAGAUCUUGGGAUUGGAGUCCAUUUGAUGGAUAGAUAUACAUUUUAUGUCUUGGAGUUUUUGGAAGAAAUUCAUCCAGCUAGCCAGACUAACAUGAAUGACCUUUUUCAGGUGUGUCCUAAAAGUUUGUGCGUGUCUACACCUGGCCAUCGUACAGACCUGUUUCAGAGAGAUCCUGAAAAUGUUUUGAUAACUGACUUCUUUGGAAGUGUACGAAAAGUAGAAAUAACAACUGAGACAGUUCCUUUGGAUCCUCAUUUAGAAAUGGUGGACACCAGACUUUCUGUAGAUGAAGUAGCGACAGAGCCAUUAAAAUAUACAGAACAACUUCCAGUAGCAGAAAUAAUACACCAGAAACCAAAGCCGAAAGACUGGCAUCCUCCUGGGGGAUUUAUUUUGGGACUCUGGGCACUGAUUAUCAUGGUCUUUUUUAAAACCUAUGGAAUCAAGCACAUGAAGUACGUCUUCUAGAGUUUCUAAUCUGGCUGCACUGAAUACAUCCUUGAAUGGAAGUACCAUUUACAUAGAUAAAGAGAGUCGGUCCUCUUUCUAAAAGUUCUUGUCAUGUGUUUUCUUUGUUUAUUUUAUGUCAUGUUUAAAGCCAUCUUAUGGCAAGUUUAGGACACAACUUUGUACCAAAGAUGAUCACUUUGACCUGUGAGCUCCUGUCACUGUACACAUGGGGUCCCCCUAACAGUAAGAGCCUCCCCUUCCUAUAAAAUGAGUGUGGAACCUUGUACAUAGAUGCUCAGACCAGUUCUAAGAUGUUAAACAGGUGUCCAUUCAGGAAUCUUCUUUACUGAGGGGUACAAAAAUAUUUCAAAGAAAAUUGCUGCAUUAGUACUUAGGGGACCUCUCAGGCUUCUUGUGGCCUCCAUGUGCAGUGCUGGGUAUGUACUUGUUUUGCUGGAGGUGCAGACACUUGAGUCCAGGUGUUUUCUUAUCCUCCCCCCUCCCCAAGACAAGCAGACCUUCAGUUCAUGUGUAUCAUGUUAGGAGGGGAAAUUGUUAGGUUGAAUUCAAAAGUCAUUUCCUACGAACAUACUAACAUAAUCUUGGCACGUUGGGCCAAGCAAUGUGAGUCGCCUUGAGCCCGCUUGUGGGGAGGGCGGGCUAGAAAUGUAAUCAAAUAAAUAAAUAAAUAAAUAACUUCUGGCUACAGAUGGGGGGGGGACAGCAUUUUCUUUGAUUCCCUUCUUGUGGUACAGUCCACUGAACUCCCUGGAAUCAUGCUUCUGGGGAAUUGGGGGGCAAGUGUAGAUCUGCAGUGGGAUGGGAGAAGUGGCAAAAUCUGUCUCCCUCUUCCUCUGGAGGAAAAAACACUUUGGCUUUCUGCAGGCUUAUAUCUACACGAGAACAUCUUGCGCUGGGAUAUCUGUAUGCAUAGGGGUCCUAGAUCAAGGAAUGCAAUUGAAUACAUGGGUGAAGAGGAACCCACCAAAAUGAUACUGGAAUAUUUUAAAUGCUAAAAUAUAUUACAAACUACAAAGGGGCUUCCUGAGUAAAUCUUACAAAAUAGUUAUCAUAGCUGAAAUGAAAGUUCAGACAAUAUGCUGAACCUUAUUUAAGAUGUCAUUUUGCCAAUAGAAACUUAAGUCACUUUGUGUACUUUUGCCAUGACAUAUUGAACACUUACUCAACAGAAACAAAAAUACUGUAGGAAAUAUUGAUUUACUCUGUUAAAUACGGCCCCUUAGAUCAAUUGUUUUACCUAGGGCAAUUCUGCUUCUUACAUUCUGUGAAUCAUUAGAAUUGAAACAAAAAAAAUAACCCAAGCAAUAACCUCACUGCUUGAUGAGGGAACUGCCUGAAAAGUCUAGCCUCAUGUUCAGCAGAAGAUGUGCAAGUUGAUUUUGGAAAAUCUAAGGUCUCCAGAGUAGUGUAUGAAAUUUGGAGUGCAUUAGUACACAAUCUGUGCACAGAGAAUAUUGUAAUAAAUUUCAUUAAGGCAAUGCACUCAAAAAUCAAAUGUACCUUCUGUUGUUAUAGAUAUUUGUGUUUAGUGGUAUUGAUUAAUGAAAUGUGUUUGUAGAGAAAAUAAAAUGUGGAGGAAAACAACUUGCCUACAGGAUACUUUUUGGAUACAUAAAGUGUUUCUCUCAAGUCACUGGAAGUUUCUUCAUUAGAAAUGGUAUAAGCAUAGGAAAUUCUCAUGCAGUAUGUGCAGUUUAUGUAACGGAAGCUUUUCAGUGCACUAUUGUUAGUAAGUUGGACAAAAUGCAUGAAGCCCAAGAAGCUGUGCUGCACUGCAGAGGAGUACAGUGCGCUAACUGUAUUCAGGUGGUGUUUAGCUCCAUUUUAUCCAUGAUGUUGUUGUGAAGCGUAAAGUGAACAUAAGAACUUGGAAAUGAUGCUGAAUAAAAUGGAA